CCCGGAACAGUUUGAUGUGUUUUUUGUAGCUGAACACAACCCUUCAUUCGUAACAACAACAACUCAAUGAACCUAUCGUACACCGACAGUGCUUCUAGGACCAGUGAGUUUUCCCCUCCCGAGAUGUCAGCUGACUCCAUGGAGAUUGAUGACUCCCUGUACAGUCGUCAGAGGUAUGUCCUGGGGGACAGUGCUAUGCAGCAGAUGGCUCAGUCUUCUGUCUUCCUCAGUGGAAUGGGAGGACUGGGAGUGGAGAUCGCAAAGAACAUCGUGUUGGCAGGUGUGAAGGUGUUGACGCUGCAUGACCCUAAGCAGUGUGAGACGUGGGACUUGGGCUCCAACUUCUUCCUCAGACAGGACGAUGUGCUGACUCAGAGGAACAGGGCUGUGGCGGUCCAUCCCAGGGUAGCGGAGUUGAACCCUUACGUCCACGUGGACACGUCCUCCUCCUCUCUCGACCUCUCCACUGACCUCUGCUUCCUCAAGAGGUACCAGUGUGUGAUCCUGACUGAGGCCAGGCUGAGUCUCCAGAAGAAAAUCAACGACUUCUGUCACUUCCAUCAGCCUCCAAUCAGGUUCAUUGGAUGUGACGCGUAUGGGAUCUGUGUGAGAGUGUUCUGUGAUUUCGGGGACCAGUUUGAGGUGUCGGACCCCACUGGAGAGGAGGCCAAGGAGAUGUUUAUCCAGAACAUCACACAGGGUAACCCAGGGGUGGUAACCUGUAUGGACAGCAGGACCCACGGCCUCCAGACUGGACAGAGUGUUCUCUUCAGAGAGGUCAACGGCAUGGACACACUCAACGGCACCGCGCGACAGGUCACAGUCCUCUCUCCCUACAGUUUCAGCGUCGGGGACACUUCCUGUCUGCAGCCCUAUGCAGGUCACGGAGGCUUCUUCCUGCUGGUCAAAACCCCCAGAACGUACAGCUCACAGACGAUGGAACAGCAGCUGUCUGAGCCUCAGGUCCUGACUCCCGACUUCAGCAAACCAGAGGCCCCGCUGCAGAUCCACGCCGCCAUGCUGGCUCUUGAUGCCUUCCAGGAGCAACACAACAGACUGCCCAAUAUUGGGUGCUGUCAGGAUGCGGAGGUUCUGGUCAAACUAACAGAGGACGUCAACCACACCUUGACAAACGGGGCUCCAGUGAAUAGUGAGUUGGUGCGUUGUCUCUCUAGAACAGCCUCUCCCACCAUUGGCUGCGGCGGUGGGGGGCUUGCCAGUCAGGAGGUCCUCAAGGCCCUCACCAAGUUUGCCCCACUACAGCAAUGGUUCUAUCUAGAUGCCAUCGAGGUAGUGAAACCACUACUGUCUCUAUCAGCAGAGGAGUUUAGCCCCAGGGGUGAUCGGUACGACGGACUGAGGGCCUGCAUCGGGGAGACCAUGUGUCUGGAACUCCACAAGCUGAGAGUCUUUAUGGUGGGCUGUGGAGCCAUUGGCUGUGAGAUGCUCAAGAACUUUGCCCUGCUGGGAGUGGGAUUGGCCAAGAGCUCAGGAGAGGUGUGUGUGACGGACCCAGACCUGAUAGAGAAGUCCAACCUCAACAGACAGUUCCUCUUCAGAUCUCAGCACAUACAGAAACCUAAGAGCACCACAGCGGCCGUAGCGACCUUGGAGAUCAACCCAGAGAUGCAGGUAGACGCUCACCUCAACAAGGUGUGUCCUGCUACCGAGGGGGUCUACAACGACCUGUUCUACUCCCGCCUACACCUGGUUGUCACGGCGCUGGACAAUGUAGAGGCUCGCAGAUACGUCGACAGCCGCAGUGUAUCCAAUCAGAAGGCUCUUCUGGAUUCCGGUACCAUGGGAACCAAAGGACACACGGAGAUCAUCGUGCCCAACCUGACCGAGUCGUACAACAGCCAUAGGGACCCACCAGAAGAGGAGAUUCCGUUCUGCACCCUGAAGUCUUUCCCUGCUGUCAUAGAACACACCAUCCAAUGGGCACGGGACAAGUUUGAGAGUGCGUUUGCCCACAAGCCCACCAUCUAUAAUAUGUUUUGGCAGACCCACUCCUCUGCAGAAGCCGUGCUACAGGAUGCAGCAGAGGGAGACUCUGGAGGGGCGUUCCAGGUUGUCAAGCUGCUGAGUCGACGGCCCAGCCAAUGGGAACACUGUAUCAUUCUGGCACGCCUCAAAUUCGACAAGUACUUCAAGAGAAAGGCUCUACAGCUGCUACACUCCUUUCCUCUGGACACUCGGUUAAAGGACGGCAGUUUAUUCUGGCAGUCACCUAAACGACCCCCGUCUCCCAUAGAGUUUGACCUGAAGGACUCACUUCACUUCAAUUUUGUCGUGAUCUCUUCACUUUAUGCUGAAAUCUACAACAUCCCUUUCAGAGAUCAGGAUCUGUCGCAGGAAGCAGUGUCCAGGAUGUUGUCAGAGAUUACCGUCCCAGAGUACAGGCCAGCAGAGAAGCGUAUUGAGACUGAUGAGAAUGUGAAGAAGCCUGAUCAGAUGAAGCUGUCCGUAAGCAGCGAGGAGGAGAGAGAGGCCAUCGCCCAGUUAGAGGAGGCUAUCACUGCAGACCACGUUACACCAGAGAGGUUACGGAUGUCUCCCCGGAUGUUCGAGAAGGACGAUGACCUCAACGGCCACAUGGACUUCGUGGCGUCGGCCUCCUCCCUCAGGGCCAGGAUGUACUCCAUCGAGGUGGCCGACCGCCUCAAGACCAAACGCAUCGCCGGCAAGAUCAUCCCCGCCAUCGCCACGGCUACCGCCGCCGUCGCCGGGCUGGUGUCGUUGGAGCUGGUGAAGGUGGUGGGAGGGUACGGGUUUGAGUCGUACAACAACUGUUUCUUCAACCUGGCCAUUCCUGUCAUGGUCCUCACCGAGGCGGCACCUGUCAAGAGAACACAGAUCAGGGAAGACAUCUCUUUCUCUAUCUGGGACCGUUGGACUGUGUGGGGUCACCAACACUUCUCCCUCUCGGACUUCAUCAACGCAGUGCUGGUGAAUUAUGGGAUAGAACCUACCAUGGUUGUCCAUGGAGUGAAGAUGCUCUAUGUCCCUGUGAUGCCAGGACACAACAAGAGACUGAAACUAACGAUGCAGAAGUUGAUCAAACCGUCUGUAGACCGUCGCUAUGUUGACCUGACCGUGUCCUUCGCUCCAGAGUCAGAUGGUGAUGAGGACCUUCCUGGACCCCCCGUUAGGUACUACUUCAGCCCCGACGGAGACGCUCCCACCGCCUGACACGCCCGGACCAUAACAUCCCUGACGCCCCUCAAACUAACCAAAUAUAACCACCCCUCAGUCCCCUCAAACUAACCCCCUGUACCUACAAAACCCUAGUUGACAACAGUGGUGCUUCUAGAACAGGGGUGGAUUCUAGAACAGGGGUGGAUUCUAGAACAGGGGUGGAUUCUAGAGCAGGGGUGGAUUCUAGAACAGGGGUGGAUUCUAGAACAGGGGUGGAUUCUAGAACAGGGGUGGAUUCUAGAACAGGGGUGGAUUCUAGAACAGGGGCGGAUUCUAGAACAUAUGUUGAUUCUAGAACAUAUGUUGAUUCUAGAAUAUAUGGUGAUUCUAGAACAGAUGGUGAUUCUAGAACAGAUGGUGAUUCUAGAACAGAUGGUGAUUCUAGAACAGGGCUGGCCCCAUGUACCAUUAUUAGAGAAAGAGCAUAGAGGUAGAAAGAGGGCUGUAGAUGGAUAUAACCUGGUCUGAUGAGUUCUCUUUCUACCUCUAUGAGAAGAGGGAAGCACUUGGCUGUGUACAUUGUAGUCCCUCUGUGUUUUCUACUCUGGUUUAAAGCACAGCUCUGACUGGUGUUUUCUACUCUGGUUUAAAGCACAGCUCUGACUGGUGUUUUCUACUCUGGUUUAAAGCACAGCUCAGACUGGUGUUUUCUACUCUGGUUUAAAGCACAGCUCAGACUGGUGUUUUCUACUCUGGUUUAAAGCACAGCUCUGACUGGUGUUUUCUACUCUGGUUUAAAGCACAGCUCUGACUGGUGUUUUCUACUCUGGUUUCAAACAGCUCAGACUGGUGUUUUCUACUCUGGUUUCAAACACAGCUCAGACUGGUGUUUUCUACUCUGGUUUCAAACACAGCUCAGACUGGUGUUUUCUACUCUGGUUUAAAGCACAGCUCUGACUGGUGUUUUCUACUCUGGUUUCAAACACAGCUCAGACUGGUGUUUUCUACUCUGGUUUAAAGCACAGCUCUGACUGGUGUUUUCUACUCUGGUUUAAAGCACAGCUCAGACUGGUGUUUUCUACUCUGGUUUCAAACACAGCUCCGACUGGUGUUUUCUACUCUGGUUUCAAACACAGCUCAGACUGGUGUUUUCUACUCUGGUUUCAAACACAGCUCUGACUGGUGUUUUCUACUCUGGUUUAAAGCACAGCUCAGACUGCUAUGCACAUGCCUUAACUAACAAUCUUGUUGUGUUUGUCAUGACGAUGAUAAUAAAAAACGACCGUGUUUACACA